GUCUCUGUGAGUCGUGGGUGCGAUGCCUGUGCUGCCUUUCUCGCCACCGUCGUCCACGAUCUUUGAUGAACUACCACGACGACCGUGGUGGAGGGGCGUGGAUGGGGCCAACCUCCCGCCCAACUGCAUCCUGUGUGCCUGGUGCCAGAAGGUGGGCAUGAAACUGUUCACGCUCAGGACGACGAGCGGCAGCAAAGCGUUCUGCUCCGAGCUGUGCUUCACGCAGUGCCGGCGCGCCUCAUUCAAGAAGAACAAGGUGUGCGACUGGUGCAAGCACGUCCGGCACACGGUCAACUACGUCGAUUUCCAGGACGGCGAGCAGCAGCUGCAAUUUUGCAGCGACAAGUGCCUCAACCAGUACAAGAUGAACAUCUUCUGUCGCGAGACGCAGGCGCACCUUCAGAUGCACCCGCACCUCCAGGACGCCGCCGCGGCCUGCAAGGUUGCCUCGGGGCUCAUCACACCCGACCUCUGGCUUCGGGACUGCAAGAGCAGCCAGCAAUCUGGAGCCAGUAAUGGGCACGACGGGUCGUCGGAGAGAGAGGAUGACCACAAGAGUCCGCCGCCUCCGCCGCCUAUGCUUCCGGCGCUGCCCCCACCGCCACCGUCGUCUUCUGCGCCACCCACUCCGAGGCAUUCGCAGCCGUCGCCGGACUCUGGCGCCGGCGGGGACCCCGUCAACCUUUCCCAGAAACCAUCGCACACCAAGCCGUCCUCCUCCAAGAGACGUCGUUCCCUGAGGUCCUCCCGGUCCUCGCCAGCGAGCAGUUCUCAAGACGGGGGAGCUGGAGGUGUUGGCUCGUCCUCCGUUCACAACCACCAGGCGCACACCGCGCGGUCGCCCACCAGGACCACCAGCACGACCCCGCUGAGCAGCCCCGGAGCAUCCGGUGGCUCCACGCACCACCUCAACGGUCACCACCCGCCUCCGCCACCGCCGCAGCACUGUCCGGGCAGCCCGCCUCCACUAGCGCCCGUAAUGCCGCCGCUUACUCUGCCCUGCAGACCCGGGGCAACACUGCCGGAUCACGGAGGAAGGCCAUUUCUGGGCCCUCCACAUCCGGCGUUCCACAUGUUCCCCCCAGUACCACCGCCACCGCACUUGCGGAUGCACCACAACAGUGCCGCUGCGGCCGCAGCCGCCGCUGCUGCUGCAGCUGCGGCAGCUGCAGCCCCAUCCGCAGCUCUACCACACAUGCGCGCCUUUCUGCCUCCCCCGCCUCACACCACCGCUGCGCCCCCGGCACCGACACCUCCGACUGGAGUCGUUCCACCCAUGGGUCUGCCCCGGCCAGCUCCCCUUGCCCUGCCGGCAGCUCCGAAUCCCCUGCUCCCUCCUCCUACCGUCAUGGUGCCCUACCCUAUAUUCUUACCAAUACCGAUCCCUAUUCCGAUCCCCAUACCACUACCGCUGAAGUCUUUCGUGACACCCUCUACCGCGCCGCAGCCUCCUCCGGUGUCGACUCCACCUCCGCCUCCAUCGCUCCCGCCGCCUGCGAAGGACCAUCACCAUCAUCGCCACCACCACCACGCUGGCGGCAAGAAACGGUCGUCGUCCGAACACCGACACCGCCGGCACGAGAGGCGGCGGCAGCAGCGGAGGCUGACGCCCGAGCACGACGACAUGCGGGACUCCGUGGACACGGAGGACGAAGGGAGCCCCGGAUCCAAGUCGUCCCAAUCGAGCAGGGCGGCGUCCCGCCACGGCUCUAGCACGCUUCAGCUCAAGAUCGUCAGGAGCCCUCCAGCCUCGGAGCAGGAGAACAAGAGACGCCACGACGAAGAGGACGAAGCCGCUGGAAGGGACGCUAAGAGAAAGUGCCCGUGAGCUCCGGCACGCGUGAAAUAUGAAGACUCGCGAUACUUGGUGCAGUUCGCAUGGUUCAAGCAUAUCUGUGAUGUGCACGUAUCAGUUCCUUCAAGCCGUCUCCAGGGAAACCGGUUACCGACAGCGAGGCUGCAUGACACACAGUCCAAAGUGCUCGCGCUAUUGAACAUUGUUACAGUGAGACGGAGUGCUUGAUGCGGAGGAUAACGGGGUUCAAUCCUUGCUAUCGUGUGCGCGGGCGAGUUCCUCGGCAUACGUGUCGUGUAGUAGCGGCUGCCACGGGCCCUUUGAUGGUCGGCGUCAUCCGCCGAGGAGUCGCGUAGAUGUGGUGCAUCGCGUAGUCACAGAUCGGACACAUCGGAUUGCUAUAAUUUUGCAUAGACUCGUUGUUGUGCCGUGCUCGUCACCCCUGGACAACGCUACAGCGCUGAAAGUAGCGAAUUGCAUGCACUAAUGAAGUGUGUUAGAAUUGUUGAUGGUCUAUCCGGUGUCGAGAUAUUUACGUUACAAAUCUAUUGUUGUGCGCGCACGUUUAUUAGUAUUAUUAUUACUAUAUGUAUAUAUGUGUCAUUUGCUCCGCAAUCACCGCCAUCAUAAAGAAAGGUUAGACGCCUAUAGUCGCGUUUAGAGAAAGGCGCGUUUGUUUCAUGACUCGAUGCUAGCGGGUCGUAAAAAGGAAGGAAAGUGAUCUCUCUAUAACAUGACGUUUGCUGUGGCGUGUGCGAAGGGCGUCCUUAUUGCCAUAAGCCGCAUGCGUUACAAACGUCAUAUGUGCCAGGGGUCCCGGAUAUUCGUAUGAUUUUGCUGAGUCAGUGCGGGAUUGACGAACAAAAGAUGAAGGAAGACCAAAGCGAUUUAUUUCAUGGUCAUUUGUCGAAUAUGUCAGUACUGCCAACUUCUCGCGGGAAGCACAAAUGUGUACUUUUACACUCGUUUGAUGCACAUUUUCAUUUAACGCCUGCCCUUCUGUCAACGUCUUGCCUGUCUGCUUGACACUCGCUCGCAAAACGCCAUUGAAGGUCAUUCGUUUAUUGAAAAGACAGUACCUUAGUACCGCCGCACGUGACAUUGCACGAAGCACACCGCAUAAUGACUUCGGUCACAGCUGACAGAACGCGGUCAGGGUAACGACAACUUGCGUUCUUGAAAAAUGUUGUGAAAGAGGGCAACUCUCCAUGGACGAAGACGGCAGGUCAAUUGCGUCACGCAUGCACGUGUGUGUAUUCACGAUUCGCUGCAAGAUACUAUCCGGUGAAGAAUACUUCCUUGCCGCAACGUUUAUGCGGACGGUGUCCCGUAUAGUAGAGCGACGAAGAUAACACCAGGUAAUUUAUUUGUGUUCUUUCUUUUCUUUUCCUCUGGUACGCAUACCAGAACAGUUCACGCGGCAGAAAAAGGAAAACAAUCAUAAGCGUCACAAGCCGUCAUAUGCCAAGAAAAAGAAACCUAUCAGUCAAAGACAGUGCCCGAGUGUUUCCCGAGUUACGUCAUGAAUGCAUUUUUUUUUGCCCCUGAAUGCCGCCUUUGUGUGUUGUACGAGCGAUGGCGCAAUACCUGACUGCGGUGAAAGGCGUAGCGAUAUUGUCGUACUUGCACACAUCGUAUAUUUUUUUUUGUUUUUUGUUGUUCCUUGUCUGCGCCCAGCCAAUCAGCGCAAGGGUCUUCGCGAGUGCCAUGAAUCUUUCCUCAUGCAUGGAAAGUGGUGGGCACAGGGAAUCCGCCAAUCGCUGUACAGUACAGCUGUAAGCCCAAUGCCGGUGGAAGUGCACGAAAACUCUUGCUAUUGCAAACUGCACAAUCUAAAACAAAUUAUUCUUUCAGCACCGUUUCACGCAUAUACGUUCUUGCGUGCAAGAUAUAUGGUCAUUUAAUCUUUAUAAAUAAGGCUAUAUUUUUAUCGUUGAUAAUUUUCCAAAAGAACGGAUCAUUCUGGCCAGCCUGCUCCAUAAAAUGGGAAGAACAACGUAAUUUAGCUUAAGGACCCUCCAUAUUCCUCGCAGUUAAUUCACUAUUUAUGUGACACGUAUUCUUGUGCCGAGAGCGGUGCGUGUUUUUUUUCUUUCUUUUUUUUCUGUGCCCACCACUGCCCAUUCAUUACAAGCAGUUUUUAUUUCCCACUGUACAUAAAUGUAUGUACAGCACCCUAUGUGCCAUCGGUGCUGACACUGCAAUCCUGAUUAAAUAUAAAGUUUGUUCAA